AUGGACGACCUCGAAUCUCUCGAAAUCCUUUCCUUGGUCCAGAGAGUGGCCUCUGAACUGCAUAAUCAUCUUGGAAUAAGCGAUAAAACCCUCGCCGAAUUCGUUAUUGCGCAACGUACAGAAUGCAGUUCUCUCGAAGAAUUCCAGAAGAAGCUCGAGGCAAUCGGCGGAGACUUUCCUCAAAGUUUAGUCGAGAGUGUGGAUCGCCUGGUCUUGACGAUGCAUCCAAAGUUCAAAGGUAGCAAAGGGAGAAAUGGCGCAUUGGCUGAAAACGGGAACCUCAAAGUCGAAGAGAAAACGAAGGUCUUCAAAGGUCUGGCAUUACCCGACAAGAAACCGGCAUGGCAAGACGAAGACGAAUCCUCGAGCGGCCACAUGAUGAAUGGAACUGAUGCGAUCGACGAUACCCUUGCAUUAUUAGAAGGUCUGGCACCCAAGGCGCAGCCUGUCGAUGAUACCCUGGCAUUAUUAGAAGGUUUGGCACCCAAGGCGCAACCGAUGAAACUUGAGAGAGCAAACAGAAAACGAAGCAGAAGUCCAGAUCAAGGUUAUGACAGAGGACGAAGUCGCAGGGAUAGGCAUAGAUCUAGAUCACGGUCCGGAGAUGAACCAAGGAGGCGUCGAAAGCACGAAUAUGAAGAAGACGAAUUUGGGAGGACGCGAAAGAGUCACAAAAGUAGUAGGAGGAAAAGAGAAGAUGAUGAUUACAUACGACCACGCACUCCUGAAAUUGACGAUGAAGUUGUUUUACAGAAGAUUUAUGACGGCCAUGUCACUAGUGUUAAGGAUUUCGGUGCUUUCGUUAAUAUACACGGUGUAAAGGGAAAGGUUGAUGGGCUUGUGCAUGUUUCGGCAUUAGUGGAAGGGCAACGAGUAAAUCACCCGUCGGAUCUGGUUUCGCGAAACCAACCUGUCAAGGUCAAAGUCAUUAAAGUGGAGAGCAACAGAAUCGGACUUUCAAUGAAGGAGGUUGAUCAAGAAACUGGGAUGGAUUUGGCCCCUCAAGAGAAAUUUCAUUCUGGGGCUAAUAGUGCUCCUCUUGGUAGCAAGAAUGAGUAUGGUUUAAUUGAUGAGCCUGUGCCGGUAUUCGAAGGACAAAUGUUGCGAAAUUCGAAGAAGAACAAGAAGAGAAUGACAUCUCCUGAAAGAUGGGAGAUUCGACAACUGAUCGCAUCCGGCGUGGUAAAAGCAUCGGAUUACCCAGAUCUAGACGAAGACUAUAAUGCGACACUGAACGGCGAAGGUGAAAUGGAGCUAGAAGAAGAUGUUGAUAUUGAGAUUCGAGAAGAAGAGCCUCCUUUCUUGGCCGGGCAAACGAAGCAAUCCUUGGAGUUGUCUCCAAUCAGAGUCGUAAAGGCUCCUGAUGGUUCACUUAAUCGCGCCGCUAUGGCAGGUACGACUCUAGCUAAAGACCGUAGGGAACUGAAACAACAGGAAGCUCAAGACAAAGCUACGGAAGAUGGAGCGAAGGUUGAUCUUUCUGCACAAUGGAAUGACCCGAUGGCGAAUCCAGACCAGAGACAGUUUGCUAGUGAUCUUAGGACUGCAAAACAACAAGCACCCAGUAGUGAAGUUGUACCUGCUUGGAAGAAGGCUACUCAGAAUAAGAAUGAACCUCUAGGUCGCCGCACGGAUAUGUCCAUCAAAGAUCAAAGAGAGUCGCUCCCAGUGUUUAGGUUCCGCUCCGAGUUAAUCAAGGCUGUUCAUGAGAAUCAACUUUUGAUCGUGGUCGGCGAUACUGGUUCGGGAAAGACGACACAAUUAACUCAAUAUUUAGCAGAGGCAGGCUUUGCUAACAAUGGCAUAAUUGGUUGCACCCAACCUCGUCGUGUUGCUGCUAUGUCAGUUGCAAAGCGUGUCUCGGAAGAAGUUGGCUGCGAGCUUGGUCAAGAGGUUGGAUACACUAUUCGAUUCGAAGAUUGUACUAGUCCAGCCACGAAGAUCAAGUACAUGACAGACGGAAUGUUGCAGAGAGAAGUACUGAUGGAUCCUGAUUUAAAGCGAUAUUCGGUUAUCAUGUUGGACGAAGCUCACGAACGUACCAUUUCUACAGAUGUUCUCUUUGCAUUACUGAAGAAAACGAUCAAACGUCGACCAGAUCUGAAAAUCAUCAUCACAUCUGCAACUCUUGAUGCUGACAAAUUUUCGUCAUACUUCAACGAGUGUCCCAUUUUCUCUAUUCCAGGUAGAACUUUCCCUGUAGAGGUCAUGUACUCAAGGGAGCCUGAAUCUGAUUACCUUGAUGCUGCUCUGGUUACGGUUAUGCAAAUUCAUUUGACAGAACCUCCUGGAGAUAUUUUGCUCUUCUUAACUGGUAGUGAGGAAAUUGACACGUCUUGUGAAAUUCUUUACGAGCGUAUGAAAGCACUUGGACCUAGUGUUCCGGAAUUAAUUAUCCUUCCUGUCUAUGCCUCACUUCCCACAGAAUUGCAGAGCAAGAUCUUUGACCCUGCACCCCCUGGAGCUCGAAAGGUAGUGAUUGCCACCAACAUCGCCGAAACUUCUAUUACUAUCGACCAUAUCUAUUACGUUAUUGAUCCUGGAUUUGUCAAGCAGAAUGCUUAUGAUCCCAAACUCGGUAUGGACUCGUUGAUAGUUACCCCAAUUUCCCAAGCACAGGCCAAACAGCGUGCAGGACGUGCUGGAAGAACAGGCCCAGGAAAAUGUUUCCGUCUUUACACGGAAGCAGCUUUCCAAUCUGAGAUGUUGCCUACUAGUAUACCGGAAAUUCAGAGACAAAACUUGUCCACGACCAUUUUGAUGUUGAAGGCUAUGGGCAUCAAUGAUUUACUUCAUUUCGACUUUAUGGAUCCACCUCCCACAAAUACUAUGUUGACAGCCUUGGAAGAAUUGUAUGCCCUUUCGGCAUUGGACGACGAAGGACUUCUUACUCGUUUGGGUCGCAAGAUGGCAGAUUUCCCUAUGGAACCAUCUCUUUCAAAAGUUCUCAUUGCAGCUGUUGACCUCGGUUGCUCUGAUGAAUUGCUUAGCAUUGUUGCUAUGAUUUCCAUCCCAACUAUAUUUUAUCGACCCAAGGAAAAACAAGCCCAGGCGGAUCAGAAAAAGGCCAAGUUUCACGAUCCUCAUGGUGAUCAUCUCACACUUUUGAACGUUUACAACAGUUGGAAGCAGAAUAAAUUUGCAAGUCCAUGGUGUUUCGAAAAUUUCAUACAAGCACGAAGUAUGAAGCGCGCAAAAGAUGUACGCGAUCAAUUAUUAAAAAUCAUGGAACGUUACAAGCAUCCCAUUGUAUCUUGUGGUCGUAACACAGAUAAAGUUCGACAAGCACUGUGCUCUGGAUUCUUCCGAAAUUCUGCUCGAAAGGAUCCUCAGGAAGGAUACAAAACUUUGAUUGAAAGCACACCUGUAUACUUACAUCCUUCGUCCGCUCUUUUCGGUAAACAAGCCGAAUGGGUUAUUUAUCAUACCCUUGUAAUGACGACGAAAGAAUACAUGCAUUGCACAACAGCUAUUGAUCCUAAGUGGUUGGUGAGUGCGGCACCAAGUUUCUUCAAGGUGGCGGAUGCAGGGAAAUUGUCAAAGAGAAAGAAGGCAGAGAGGAUUCAACCUCUUCAUAAUAAAUUCGCGGCAGAAGAUGAUUGGAGGUUGAGUGCGCAAAAGAGGCAGGGUAGGAGCGGUGGAGGUGGAACUUGGGGUUAA